AUGAGACCUCCACUAAGCAUGUCACGUUCAAAUAAACCACUUUCUCAAGAAGCUGAAAGCUCGGCGCAUAUCGAUAGAGCACAUCAACGGGCACAGGAUUUCAACAGUAAACAGAAUGAUACGGCACUCACUUCAUUGCCUCACAAGAACCCUGACAUAUUCAGGUUUGAAAAUAACACUACGGCUCAUAGCUCACGUCGUGGUUCUCUAUACAGAGAUAGCGACGCUACUGUCGUUUUGCCGCUCUCUGAACAUACCCCUAGAUUAUCAAUGGACGAUCCGUACCGCCAAUUAUUGCAACAGGCUGAGAUCUCGCAACUACGAAGUAAGAAAAAAAGACAUUCCAGUCGAACCUUGCGAGUUUCAUUUAUAUUAUUUGUGGUGUUAGUUUCGUCAUUAUCAGGUCUGGACCAGGGUCUCAUAUCUGGUAACGUUGUGACGCUAUCAUUCCAGAAGUAUUUUCAUUACCCACUGACUUCUUCAUUAGGCAAUAUUGUGAGUGUUGUUAAUUUGGGUGCUUUCAUGGCGUCUUUGUUUGUAUACUCCGGCAUCCUGGAGACUUAUAGCAGGAAAAAAAUGCUUCAAAUAAGCACAAUGAUAUACUUUUGGGGUGCUAUUAUUCAAGUCCUAGCUCUAAAUCAAUGGUGUUUACUAUUGGGAAGGUUUGUACUCGGAGUAGGUAUGGGGUUUGCCUUUGCUAUGGCAGUAAUUUAUCAAUUCGAGUUUCCUCUUCCAUAUAUAAGAAAACAGACAUUUAUUUCCAUUCAGUGUGUGUCUAGUGUCAUUGCAUAUUCAUUCGGAAUUUGGGUUAAUUGCGCUUUCAGAUAUUUGAACCUUACAUGGAAAUAUCCUUUGUCAACACAUGUUUUUUUCGGGAUAGUACUGAAUCUAAUGUCGUUCUACCUGAUAUUAGAAUCUCCAACCUGGCUUUUAAAAAAGAAAAAUGAUGUGGAGGCGUUAGUUUUAACAUCAAAUAUAUUUGAUGAUUGUGAUUUCGAGGGAAAACAAACUCAGUUGAAAUUUAGAACUCUCAAAAGAGACAUACUACUAAAGUCACACCUUCAAAAGAACACCUAUCCUUACGCUUAUAUUUUGAAGGAUUUUUCUUUAAUAAUAAAAAUAUUGAUAUGUUUCCAGUUGCUUACAAGAUUGAAUGGUGUCGAUGUCUUCUUAUACUACUCACCUUUAAUAUUGCAACAAAUGGGAAGGGGAGAAAGAAAAUCUAUUUAUUUAACAGGACUCAAUGCUUUGAUUUACGUUAUCGUGAUAUCAGCAUAUUACCCUUUCAUAUUACGGAAACGUAAAGAGAAAACGAACGUGAUACUGGGUUCAAUUGUGAUGUGUGGACUUUUGUUCAUCAUAUCAUGUAUGGACUGGCUUCCCAAGAAUACGACGAAGUAUAUUUCAAUUCUGUUUUUCGUAUUUCUUGUCACACACUUCAUUAGUUGGGACUCUAUAGGAUGGACUAUGAUCAUUGAACUCCUGCCCCACUUAUCACAAGCUCCGGUAAUACUGCUGCUCUCAAACUUUUAUUGGUUUUUCAAAUGGUUUACCAGUUUAAUAACACCUAUACUUAUUGACCGCUUGUCUUGGAGUUUCUAUCUUAUUCCAUCCCUAUCUUCCUUUAUUUCAAUUGUAUUUGUGUUGAAAUCCUUCCCUAUCGUGAACGGAGAUGAGAGACUGGUUUCUGAUGGUGACUCUGCUGAAAAUGUUAGCGACAACUCUGAUGUUGUGUUUUGUGAUACUGAUUCUGACUUCUCAUCUUCGCCAUCCUUCUCUGCUUACCAGAUAAAUACUUUGGGAAGCAGCAUUAAACAAAAUAACCAAGCAUACUCGUCAAUUCCAAACGAUCCAAUUUUACCUAAGGACGGAGACGUAUCAAACCAGGCUCAAGGAGCUGAACCAAAUGUUUAUUUCAUUACAUCUGAUUCAGGGCCCUCAAGGACAGGGGAAUUUUUUAGCUUUCAUAAUAGAACAGAUCCGGAUAUUAAGGAGGACGUUGCUGCAAAUCAACCGAAUUCAAGUAGGGACCAAAAUUCACCUGGAGACAUGGCAGCUGCUUAA